GCUCUAGCCAGUAAAUUACAUUGGCGAUCCUUUACCUAUCACGGCAAACACUAGCGAAGGUGGCGAUGGAAGAAGAGUCGGCAGUCGUUAAAGACAAGCGAACGCGAGAGAGGAUCUCUGAAGCCAAGAUUAGAGCAAGGCCGGAGUUGAAAGGUGAGAAUGGAUGGAUGCGUUGCGGCUACUGGAACAGCUUCCCCCUCACACGGGACAGUUUUCACGAUAACUGUGAGCGAGUGAGUUACCUCGAGGUGGAUGAGAGUGCUUUUAUAGAGCGUUAUGAGAGGCCACGCCUCCCAGUGGUCAUCACGGAGUCACAGCUCGAGUGGCAGGCCAACAAGAAAUGGACUAUCGAACGUCUAACUCGCAAGUAUCGUAACCAGAAGUUCAAGUGUGGGGAGGACAACGAUGGCUACUCUGUCAAGAUGAAGAUGAAGUACUACUCAGUCUACAUGUGGGAAACAAAGGACGACUCACCUAUGUAUAUAUUUGACGGAACCUUUGGAGAGCACCCUAAGAAAUGUCGUCUCCUGGAAGACUACUUCCUUCCCAAGUACUUCAGAGAUGACUUGUUCAAGUAUGUGGGGGAGGCUAAGAGGCCGCCAUAUCGUUGGUUUGUGAUGGGACCCGCUCGCUCGGGCACUGGGAUACACAUCGACCCCCUCGGCACUAACGCUUGGAACGCCCUCUUGCAGGGACACAAGAGAUGGGCCCUCUUCCCCCCAUCCACUCCUAAAGAGCUACUGAAGGUACCCCCUGGUCUGGGGGGCCCUCAAAGAGACGAGGCCAUCACCUGGUUCUCUGUAGUCUACCCCCUGACUCAGCAACCAUCGUGGCCACCGGAAUUUAAACCAAUUGAGAUAUAUCAAUGUCCUGGUGAGACUGUCUUUGUGCCUGGGGGCUGGUGGCAUGUCGUCGUAAACCUUGACCUCACGAUUGCUGUGACUCAGAACUUUGUCUCUGUGACUAACUUCCCAGUUGUGUGGCAUAAGACUGUGCGAGGGCGACCCAAACUAUCCCAGAAGUGGUACAGAGCUCUCAAGGAACAUUGCCCUGAAGUAGCAGCAGUUGCAGACAGUGUUGACCUCACCCAGGACUCUGGUCUGCCCUCGAGUAGCUCCUCUGACUCUAGUAGCAGCAGCUCAUCAGACGAAGGCUCUGAGGGAGCGGAGUCUGACAGCUCUGAUGACUGUCACCGACGCAAGAAAAGGAAAACGGAGGACAGCCCCAAGGCAAGAAGCGAAGCAACCUCAUUGGACAGACUGACUGGCCAAUCAGAAUUGAUGCAGAACCGAUAAAACACCUGCCCCCUCACAAUCACGGACAUUAAUUGAACUUAAUUUCCCCGUUUUGUUUUUGUUCCAUUCAAACAAUCAUUACCCACACACACACAACACACACACACACAUAUCAAGAUGAUUAAUUUUUGCAUUUGUUAAG